AUUAAUAUUUUAUCUGUUCACAGAACGGCUGACCCGAGAAUGAAACGCAAUGAGUCGGUAAGGAGCUUGCAACAGUUCCGCGGCGGCCGGCACGAGAAGCCCGGCGUCGCGCUCGGCUGGCGACAGAACUCGCUCACUAUCAGCGCAUUCGCUCAGCACUCCGCUUAUUUAGCUGAAAAAGCGCGAAGCAAAGAAGCUGAAGAUCAACAAGAACAACCAGCGCCUGUUUCGUGGUUCCAUCUAUUCAGGUACGCAACACCAUGGGAACUUCUAUUGCUGUUCGCGGGCGUGUUCCUGGCGACCAUGAACGGCUUGAUGGUGCCAAUAGGUGUCAUUAUUUAUGGCGAAUUCACCGCGCUGCUCAUCGACCGUACCGUCAUGGUCGGCACCUCUAACCCCACCAUCACCAUAUCUAUGUUUGGAGGCGGUAGAAUACUAACGAAUGCCAGUGCUGAAGAGAACCGUAUAGCUUUGAUAGAGGACUCGCAGGCGUUCGGUAUAGGCUGCACAGUUUUCUCUGUGCUUCAGUUCAUCUUUGGAGCUGUCAGUGUAGACCUAUUUAAUUAUGCGGCUAGUAGACAGAUUGAUAGAGUAAAGGAGAGAUUUCUGAAGGCGGUACUUCGUCAAGACAUCACCUGGUACGAUCUCAAUACAACAAUGAACUUCGCAACAAAAGUAUCUGAUGACGUGGAGAAAUACCGCGAGGGUAUUGGGGAGAAGGUGGCGAUGUUCGUGUACCUGGUGAUGUCCUUCGUCACAGCCGUCAUCAUCUCCCUUGUGUACGGCUGGGAGCUCACGCUUGUCAUACUGUCCUGCGCACCUGUCAUUAUAGCUACUACUGCCGUCGUUGCAAAGGUUCAAUCAUCGCUGACAACACAAGAACUGAAAGCGUACAGUAUAGCAGGUGUUGUGGCUGAAGAAGUGUUAUCGUCAAUACGAACAGUGGUCGCUUUCGGCGGUGAAGAAAAGGAGAUAGAAAGGUAUUCAGAACGUUUGGAUCCAGCUAAGAAGACGGGUACUAGGAAGGGCGUGUACUCCGGCAUGGGCAGCGGCUUUAUGUGGCUCAUUAUUUACAUGACUUACGCCCUCUCGUUCUGGUACGGCGUCGGCCUCAUUCUUGAGAGCAGGCACGAAGAGAUACCUAUCUAUACACCUGCGGUGUUGAUGAUCAUCUUCUUCAGCGUGCUGCAAGGUGCUCAGAACGUAGGUUUAACGUCACCUCACAUUGAGGCGAUGGCGAGCGCCCGCGCCUCCGCCAGUGCCAUAUUCCGGGUCAUUGACCGCAAACCAGUCAUCGACAGUCUGUCAACUGAGGGCAGUAAGCCAGAACUAGACGGGGAUUUGGAGCUCAAAGAUGUAUACUUCAGAUAUCCUGCAAGACCCGAUGUUCAGGUGCUGAAUGGUCUAUCUCUCAAGAUCAACCGCAACGAGACGGUGGCGCUGGUGGGUGCGAGUGGCUGUGGCAAGUCCACAGUACUGCAGUUACUGCAGCGAAUGUACGACCCGGAAGAGGGCAGUGUGCGCGCCUCGGGGCAUGACGUCAGAGAACUCAACGUGCGACAUCUCAGGAACCAUAUAGCGGUGGUCGGCCAAGAACCUGUGCUAUUUGCCGGCUCUAUUAAAGAGAAUAUUAGAUUAAGUAAUCCGUCGUGUACAGACGAAGAAAUAAUUGUUGCAGCGAAACAAGCUUAUUGUCAUCACUUCAUAAAGAACUUACCUGAGGGCUACGAUACGAUGAUAGGCGAGAGAGGCGCACAAUUAUCUGGCGGUCAGAAACAACGCAUAGCUAUCGCUCGUGCUCUCGUCCGACGGCCGAAAAUCUUAUUGUUGGAUGAAGCGACUUCAGCACUGGACUCCCACAGCGAGGCUAAAGUACAGCGAGCGCUCGACGCCGCGGCGCAUGGCCGCACCACUGUUAUGGUUAGCCACAGGUUAGCGACAGUACUCAACGCGACUCGCAUAGUAUUCAUUGAAAAGGGCGAGGUGGUAGAGCAAGGCACCCACGAGGAGCUGCUCGGUCUGCGAGGCCGGUACUACCAGUUGGUGCUCGAAAACGAGCCCAGCAUCGCGCCCGGCGCUGACCAGGAUAAGCAUAAACAGGCAAAAAUCAGGCGACCGAUGUUACAAAAAUUAGCAUCAGUUGACUCUAUACAAAGUACUACAGCUUCAGAAGAGGAUUCCUGUUCUGAAGACAGCGUGGUGCUUGACGAGAAAGAGGAUGAGGAAUUCAAGCCCACGACUUGGCAAAUAUUGAAGUUAUGUGAACCAGAGAAAUGGCUGAUGGUAGCUGGGGUUAUAGCGGCGGUCACAGUUGGCUCCUCAUUUCCAUGCUUCGCAAUAUUGUUCGGUGAAACUUAUGGUUUGCUCGAGAACCCGGACGAGGAUUACGUACGAGGCGGGACGAAUUUAAUCGCGGUGCUAUUCUUGGUGGUUGGCGUGUUCACAGGCAUCGGCAUAUUCUUUCAGAUCUUCAUCUUUAACUUGACGGGUGUCAGGUUGACAGCUAGGUUGAGGGUGGCUGCGUUCAGAGCGAUGUUGAAGCAAGAGAUGGGCUGGUUUGACCAACCUGUGAACGGCAUCGGCGCGUUGUGCUCGCGGUUAGCAGCCGACGCAGCCGCGGUGCAGGGAGCAACAGGAACUAGAAUCGGGGCAUUAAUGCAAGCAUCAGCAACGAUUAUAAUUGGCAUCAUGCUGUCGUUGUACUACACGUGGCAGAUGACGCUAGUGUCUCUGGUGUCUGUGCCGAUGGUCAUCGCGGCUGUCGUGCUCGAAGGACGUGUCUUAGCCGAGGGUAUUACAACAUCCAGAGAGGCAUCGAAUAAAGCCAAUACUAUCGCCACUGAAGCUAUAUCGAAUAUACGGACGAUAUCUGCGUUUUGCGGUGAGGAAGGCGUCAUAAACCGAUACAAGGAAGCAGGUCGGGUGGCGUCUGGUCGGGAGCGGCGCAGUAUGAGAUGGCGAGGCUCGGUCUUCUCGUUCGGUCAGACCGCGCCGGUGGCGGGCUACGCGCUGUCGCUCUGGUACGGCGGCGUGCUGGUCGCCAAUAAGGAAGUGCACUACAAGUCUGUUAUCAAAGUAUCAGAGGCGUUAAUUUUCGGUGCGUGGAUGAUGGGCCAGGCGCUCGCGUUCGCGCCUAACUUCGGCGCGGCCAUGUUGGCGGCGGGGCGCGUCAUGACGCUGUUGGCUAGACAGUCUCGCGUCUGCAGUCCCACACUCGCCACCGUGCCUGAUGACUUUGUAGCGGCUGGUAAGAUUCAGUACAAAGGUGUAAAGUUCCGGUACCCGACACGUCGUGAAGUGGAGGUGCUGCGCGGGUUGUCGCUGACCAUACCCAGCGGGAAGCGCAUCGCGCUGGUGGGGCCCAGCGGCUGCGGCAAGUCCACGCUUAUACAGCUACUGCAGCGGCUCUACGACCCAGACGAAGGCUAUGUAUACAUGGACGACAACAGUAUAGCAGGCGACAUGAAUUUACCAACGCUACGUAAGAACCUGGGCAUAGUAUCACAAGAGCCGGUUCUGUUCGACCGCACCAUAGCAGAGAACAUCGCGUACGGUGAUAACACGCGGGUUGUGGCUAUGGACGAGAUUGUCAAAGCAGCGAAAGAAGCGAACGUCCACUCGUUUGUAGCUGCAUUGCCAACUGGAUAUGAAACUCGUAUCGGCGCGCGCGCAUCUCAAUUGUCCGGUGGACAGAAGCAGCGGAUAGCAAUAGCGCGCGCUCUCGUGCGCAACCCGCGAGUGUUGCUAUUAGACGAAGCAACUUCAGCACUUGAUACACACAGCGAAAAGGUAGUACAAGAAGCACUAGACCGUGCUAGUGAGGGGCGCACCUGUCUUAUAAUAGCCCAUAGACUAGCGACCAUAAAGAACGCGGACUUAAUCUGUGUCAUAGACAAGGGCGUGGUUGCAGAAAUGGGCAAUCACGCAGAACUAAUGGCGCGGAAAGGAAUCUACGCUCGGCUGUACGAACUGCAGUGCGGGUUCAUUGAAGAGGUGGACGAGACCGGAGAGAGUGGUGCUGCUUAGUUUAUUAAGAUCAAAAGUAUUAUUUCAGUCAUUUACCUACAGUGCCAUCCAAACUCUAUGGCAGUUCGGAUUAUCACACCCACAAUUUUACUCUAGAGCUCCAUAUUGACUUUAUAUUAGUACAAAUUAACAUCCCUUUCAUUGUCAGUGA